AUGAAUGUGUUGAUUGAGGAUCUGGUGAAUGAUAAUAUUGAGGAUGAACUUGUAGAAAAGAAGAAUGAGGAUGUGCUGGUGCAGAAAGAAGACAAACAGAAAAAUGAGGAUGGACUUGUGGAGAAAAAGAAUGAAAAAGACAAUGAUGGGCUUGUGAAUGAUAAGGAGAAUGAAGAUGUGGUGGAGGAUGAUGAUGGGCUUGUGGAAAAGAAGAAUGAAAAAGACAAUUAUGAGCUUGUGGAGGAGAAAAAGAAUGAGGAUGUGGUGGAGAAUGAUAAGAAUGAAAAAGACAAUGAUGGGCCUAUGGAGGAUAAGAAGAAUGAGGAUGUGGUGGAGGAUGAUGUGCUGAAUAAUGAGAAUAUAGAGGAUGAGCUUGUGGAGAAGAAGAAUGAAAAAGACAAUGAUGAGCUUGUGGAGGAGAAGAAGAAUGGGGAUGUGGUGGAGGAUGAUGUACUGAAGAAUGAGAAUAUUGAGAAGAAUGAAAAAGACAAUAAUAGGCUUGUGGAGGAUAAGAAGAAUGAGGAUGUGGUGGAGGAUGAUGUGUUGAAUAAUAAGAAUAUUGAUAAUGAAAAAGACAAUGGUGGGCUUGUGGGGGAGAAGAAGAAUGAGGAUGUGGUGGAGGAUGAUGUGCUAAAGAAUGAGAAUAUUGAGAAUGAAAAAGACAAUGGUGGGCUUGUGGGGGAGAAGAAGAAUGAGGAUGUGGUGGAGGAUGAUGUGCUAAAGAAUGAGAAUAUUGAGGAUUGGUUUGUGGAGAAGAAGAAUGAAAAAGACAAUGAUGGUCUUGUGGAGGAGAAGAAGAAUGAGGAUGUGGUGGAGGAUGAUGUGCCGAAUAAUGAAAAUAUUGAGAAGAAGAAUGAAGAUGUGGUGGAGGAUGAUGUGCUGAAUAAUGAGAAUAUUGAGGAUGUGAAUGAGAAGGUGGAGGAUGUGAAUGAUAAAGACAAUGUGGUCAAUGAGAAGAAGGAUGAUGUGUUUGUACAUAAUUUGGAGAAGGAAGACAUGCAAAAUAAAAAGAAGGUGGUGCAGAAGAAGGUGGAGGAGGAUGUGUUUGUGGAUAAGAAGGAAGAAAAAGUGCAGAAUAAGAAGGUGGAUGUGGUGGUGCAGAAGAAGGACAAGCAGAAGGUGGAGGAAGAUGUGGUGGAAUUGGACGAUGCAACCCAUGUCCAAUUUAAGAGAAAAAGGUUGAGGUCGAAAGUACUACUUAAUCCCUACACCGACCCUGAUUGGAAAAAAAUGAGGGUGGAGCUCUGUACUGGCACUGUAGGCUUUAAAUUCUUCGAUACAAUGUUGAGAACAACUAGGUGGCUAACUGAUGUAGAGAUCAAUGUCGGAUGUGCUCUACAAAGAAAAAGAGCAAUCACCUACCUUAAGACAUACACGAAGAAUUUCACCAUCGUAGAUUGUCAUCUCGCCCCUUUGUUUACAUCACAAUAUGCAUGA